AUGCGGAUUCUCAGCACGGCAGACGUCGAGACGAUCCUUCCCACGCUCUCCCCCUCGGACCUGCUUGCCACUCAAGCUCACGUCUUCAAGCUCUUCUCCGCUCCUCCCUCUUCCGAUGCCAACUCAACCUCGACACUGCCAGUCCACGCCAAGGGACAGAUCGACCCCGUCCAGCUACCUCCGCGCAUGGCGACUUUCUCUCCGGAAGGAAGAACGCUGUACAUGCCCUCCUACGUGGACGGUCUGGGCAGUGGCGUGAAAGUCCUCACACGGACAGCAGGGGGAAUGAAGACGAACAUGAUGCUCAUCGCGCCUGAGGGAGGCGUCGAGGCCGUCGUGGAGUCUAAGGCUCUAACAGCAGUGCGGAAUGCCGCUGCUAUCGGAGCGAAACCGCGGAAGGCAGUAAUCUUCGGGGCGGGUGACCAGGCUCGGGCUCAUUUGAAACUGCUCAAGCAGCUCUGGCCGGAGCUGGAACGGACUGUGGUGGUCCGCCGAGAUCCGGCGAUGCCGAUACCGACUGACCUUGCUGAGAGGGUGCUCCUCAACUCGGACGCGGGAGUAGCGCAGGCGCUGAAGGAGGCAGACGCUGUCGUAACGGCUACCCCGGCGACGGAACCGCUGUUCCCCGAGAACGCACUGAGACCUGGGACGGCUGUCGUGCUGCUCGGCUCGAGUCGGCCGGACAUGUGCGAGGUGCCGCCCUUGCUUCUCCGGACUGCCAGGGUUGUGGUGGACUCGAAAGAGGCAUGCCUGAGGGAAGCAGGGGAGGUUAUCCAGGCUGGUCUCACGGGUGAUGACUUGACUGAGCUCGGGACGUUGCUGGCAUCCGAUGGCGGGAGGGGGAGCGAGGAGGGAGAAAUCACUGUGUUCAAGUCCGUCGGACUUGGAAUGCAAGAUUUGGCUAUCAACCGACUCGUCCUCCAGAGAGCGGAGGAGAUGGACGUUGGAACAGUUGUAUAG